UAAAAUAGAUAAAAAAAAGAAAAAACACUAACGUCACUGCAAUCGAAAAUUCUGGCGUCUCCACAGCGAAUCCCAUCCCUUCUUCUUUUUCUUAACUUGCCCAAAACGAAACCCAUCGUUUUUCCACUAAUAUGUAAAAGAAAUAUAAGACCGCCCAUGGUUUGAUUCUCAGAGACCACAAAACAAACAUUUCAUAGGCAGUAUACGUAAACAAAAGAGAGAUUAGAAGUUUCUGGAGAGACAGAAUUAAACACAAGAUGGUGCUAUGGGAGAUCACAUUGGGAACUGCGUAUUUUUUGGGUCUGAAACGGACUUAUAGACUGGCUGUAAGGAUUCAACGUAGGCUUAUCAGCCCUAAGUACCCUAGGAUCCGUCAGUUUGUUCAAAGGCGAACACGUGCUGUUUUUGAUGUUGCUCUGAAAGUUCACCUGAAUAUACAACAGAGAGACAUAGAGGUUGGUCGGCAUCUUGGUAACAGGAUCCUGAGGUGGUUGGACCGAAUGAAACCUUCUGCUCAGAUUCGUGGUCCCCCACCUGUGAAACCCACAAAUGGUGCUAGCUCAAAUACAAAUGUUACAAAGCAGGUAACCAACAACACUUCCCAUCUGAAAGCUCCGAGCAUUGGCCAGACAUCCAGGCACCAGGAAUCUGAUAGGCACCUUUUCACCUCAGCAAGAAAUAUGUGGUCAAAACCAUUUCCAUCCAUUGCAAUGAUGAUGCGGCCAUCCAGACCUGCUGGAACUUUUACACAGUACAGGCACUUGAGCAUCCAGUGCCCUGAAAUGUCAAGACCAAACUACAACAUUGGCGGGGGAAGUGGAUAUCAGGGGGUUUUCCGGAAGGACAUAAUGCAGUAUAUUCUGCAAAACUAACAGUCGCAGGUAUUUUCUAUCUCGUGUUUGUUGUGGAGCCUGACUUGAUUCUGAGAUGUAACUGUACAAGAAGUUUUGUUGAGGUGUGAUUUGAGGGGACACAACGCAGUCAUGCGGAAACUGAUAGAUGAAACCUUUGGUCCCAUGUUUCUUUUCCUCGUUCGGUUUAUAAAUCGCCCCCUUUUCUGGCUGAUGCUUCUGAGCCUCUUUUUUCUCUCUUAGAAUUUGCAUUAGCUUGGCCUCAUUGACAUUUUUGUUCAUUCAAGAAAUAAUGAUAUAAAAAACCGGAUGUUUUUGUUUUUGA